AUGCGUUUAAAGAAGUUAUGUCAAACUUUCAAACGCAAUAAAUCGGUUCAUAAUAAGCCAUCAAGCGAGAUAUACAUUUAUACUCCGUUACCCAUUCAUAAAAAUGGUUACAUAAUCGAAUUUCGUCAUUCUCACUUCUCAGAAGUUUACUACUACAAAUAUAAAGAAAAUGCCGACGGUUCCUUAACAAAGUACGGAUAUUUACUUUGCGAUAAUUAUCCUCAUGUAAAUAGUAGCAAGUUUCGUCAAAAUCAUAAUGAUAAGAACGAGGUGCUUGAUUAUAAAAUGUCAUUUCAUGGUAACGAUAAAGAAUGCAUAUUUUAUCAGACCGUCGCUGACAAAGUACAAAUCUCUCUAGAAAAACGUUGGAUGGAUGAAUUAAGGCAGAAAGGAAGAUUAGAAGUUUCCGUCAUAAAAGAUGAGAAUGACUUGUUCGCUAGUGAAUGGUCUGACUUAAUGCAACAUAAUAACGAUUUAUUUAUCUCCGAUAAUAUACAACGUAGAAGGUUGGCUGAAAUCUUAGAUAAAUCUCAGGUUCCUAGCGAACCUCAAACCAUCCCUCAAAAUAUUCCCAAAUUGUCUACUCAAAAUUUACCUUCGAUCCAUAAUUGUAACUGUGAAAUUUUCACUCCGCCGCUUUCCCCUAAAACUCCCCCCUCUUCUCCGACUGAAAAUUAUAAACAUAUUUCUCCAAAGUGUUUGUUGAAUAUGAAUAUAAGGCAACAUGAUAGAGGACAAAAUAAAGAAAAGGCUAAAAAAUUGGUUCAAUUAACUCAUCCUAAAUUUAGUAGACAAGGUCCUUCCGUACAUGUUUAUGAUCCUGAGGAUACUUUAAUUUAUAAAGGUUGUCGAUGUGAAUAUUGUAUGACUGGUGAUUAUAAUGAAUAG